AUGACGCAGACGGGCAAGUGGCAGGUGCACUCGGACGACUAUGGCAACAUUUACUUCUACAACAGCAUCACAGGCGAAUCUGUGUGGGAAUUACCCGACGAAGAACCCGAAGUUUCAGGUGAGACCGUCGACAAUGCACACAAACCCAUCGACAUCGAGAAACCACGAGAACAGUACAGCGUCUACUCCGUCGCAGUUGGCGUGGCGGAUGUCAUGGUGAAAAUUAUCGAAAACAUUGAGAAAAAUGCCGAACAAGUGAAAAAAACAAAAGUUAAGCGGAAAUUCAUGUCACCCGUAGCGGAAAAGAGAUUCUUGAAAAACGCAGCAAAUGAUGAGAAGAAGAAGAAACAUCUUCAUGAUCGCACAGUCACAGCGUAUACGAAUAUUUUGAUACCAAAGAUUGGCACUGGAGGUUCAGAGGAGAGUAAAAAGCCACGAGAAGUGGGGAGUUUAUUUACUGCAGAGGAAUCACGAAGAUGGCAACAAGAACGUGAGUUAGAACGGGAAGUAAAACGACGAGCAGUGAGAAGAGUUCGAAGACAACACCAUGCGAAAGUCGAGUCGUUGCAGAAGCACCAGCACAUGUUGAUUCAGUUUCGUUCCGAUCUCAUGAAGUAUCUGCUUGGGAAGAUUAAGUGCAGUACCGAGUUACAGAAGCAACGAAUACUAUUGCUUACGACGCCGCAGAUGCUGGCGGAGAUGAAGGAACGCAAAAGAGAAAUGCAAAUGAAACUUGAGCCGGAAAUUGCCGAGAAAACGAUGGCUGAGGAGAGACUCUCUGAGUUGAAAUAUGACAAGAAUGUGCGCAAUGUUUUCGAUACAAUAGAUGAAGCUGGAACGGGCAAACUACACUUGCUUCAAAUCCUGUUUGGAGUCUUUUCAAAAGAGAAACCACAAAAGUAUGCCGCCAAAGUUCGAGGACUCGCUGAGCUUCUUGGCUCCCCAGAGUUGCAGCGAUUCUUAGUUGAUUUUGUGUCACAGGCUGACAAGAAGGAUGCUAUUGGUCCACAUUUGAUCACUGUAAGUGAGUUCCGAGAGUUUGUGAGUAUUUUAGAGGAGGUGCUGGAUCAUUAUGCUGGUGUUAAAGCAGCCGUUGAGGACGCCGAAAAUGAUAUUGCAGCGAUUAUAGCAGCAGCGUCGUCCGGUGGAGUAAGUCUUGCUCAAGCAAGAAUGGGGGCACUCUCAGCGAAGAAGAUCGAACAUGAACUUGCUGUCCUAAAAGAGCAUGAGGCGCAGCUAGAAGCUGCUCGACAACGAGAAAAGAAGAAAAGUUUUGGUGCAGAACGUGAGAGUUUUGUGGCACCGAAAGAAGAAUGGGAAAAAAACCAUCACCAUCGACUAAUUCGACUGGAAGAGAGUUCUCCCGUGUAUUGCUGUUUGUGUCGAAGGAGAAAAUGGGAACUGUGGAGAAGGGAACAAGAGGAAAUUGAGAGCGAAUACCGCAGUCACUGGCCUACAAUGCUAACGUUACGCGUGAAAGCUGAAGAGCUCCGCUUUGUUCAGGAGCGAGACGGAAAAAAUGGCAUUCCUAUCGAAAUAAUUGAACCAGCUCGACAAGAUAAGCAAGAACAAAACUCGAGUAUUGUGGAUACGAAGUACGAAAUCUCAUCCGAUAACGAUAAACCUCGACGAAGGGCUCACAAGAAGAAAGCCACACGAUCACCAAGAAAACAUGCCAAUGAACCGCCCACUUCUGAAGUGCCAGAGCGAGUGAAAGUGUUUGAAAAUGAAGAGCAAGAGCGGAAAUCAAUGUACAUCGAAGAGCGUCACAUGGUGAUCAUGCUCGAGCGCAAUCGACGGAUCCUUGAGCGUCCACUGCUGCGUAUUGAGGACGCUGCACAUGACGCUUUCAUUCGAUUGGUUGAGCACUGCGUGAAUCCGUCUGGAUGUCUAUUACGUCUUGAGUUUGAGCGUUGUUUAUCUUUCACCCCACCUCAUAAAAUGGUUCUCGCAGCCAGGGACAAUAGUGUGAAGUCCAAACGAUUAUCCAAACGCCUCGUUCUUCAAACAAUUCCAUGUCGGACAGAGAAAAUGGCGGGCUAUAUUUUUUCUCAAGUAGCAAACAUGCAGAAAACUCUACGAAGUCCCUUUGUAGCAGAGGUGGAGUCUGUGGAUAAGCACAUGUUUCAAUUGUUCUCAGAAUUGGGUCUACUCGUUGAAUGCCGGCCAGUUGUAUUCGUUGUAACAGAAUACUUCGACUGCGGCAGUUGGUUGAUUCAUUACCAAAGACAUUUCAUUAACGAAAAUGUCAAAUAUUCAGCAGUGGAGCAGCAUUUACGGAACGUAUUCCGAGAAGUUGCAUCCGGGCUAGCAGCUAUGCACAGUCUUGGUUUACUACAUUUGAAUGUCAACUUGGGGAAUGUCUACAUUGCCGGCAGCGCUGAUAACUCUAUCCACGUGAAAAUCGGCGGAUUAUCAGCGUGGAAACACGACUUCGAAGCUGCCAAUUUCCAAGAUUCCAACAUGCACGAUUGUUUCAACUAUAACUACGCACCACCCGAAGUCGUGAAAGAAGCUCAAAUCACAGCAAAAGCUGACUCCUGGAUGCUUGGUUGUGCAUUAUGCGAAGCUUUAUUCAUGUGGCAACGACAACAACUAAUCCUAUCGGCUCCAAACCAACCAGCACAAAGUACGCAAUCGCUCAUCUUCCACACCAAAAGCAUCGGUGAACUUCUUCAAAAACUCCCCAUCGCGACAAGCUCGUCCUUGAGAUCACUCCUUCGGAUGCUACUACAACCGAAUCCAGCCCAAAGACCUCAAAUGAAAGGCAUAAAUCGAAUCCUCUCGAUGACCAAAGAUCAUGCACAGAAGCUGACGCUCAAGGAACUGUUCCAAGCAGCGCAGCAGGACGAUUUCGAAGCAGUUCGGGACUAUCUCCAGGUCGUUCUCCAUGAUGAGUCUGAAUCCAACGCUCAGAGUUCGAUCCAGUCGAUCGUAGAGCCGAAAACCAACAACUCGUUACUGCACUAUGCCUGUGAUAAUGGUAACGUGGACGCGUGCAAGUAUUUGCUCAUGUGCGAAGGCUUUGCCACAGCCUUUCUCAAUGAGCCCAAUGCCUUUGGACACACUCCUUUGUUCUACGCUGCGAGUAGUGGUAACCUCUCACUGGUCAAGUGGCUCGUCUCGAACGGAGCAGAUAUUGAUACGGACUAUAGUGAUCGCGGUGAUAUUGAGCCUCGAGAUGAAGAUCUGGGGAUAUUUACACCAUUACAGAUCGCCAGCUUUAGAGGCCAUGAAGACGUCGCGAACUUUCUUGUUGAGUGCAAUGCUGAACUGUCCGGUACUCGGAGGAACAGUAAGACGCCGCUACAUUUUGCCAGUGCCCAAAACCACCCAGCGAUCGUCAAGUUAUUGAUCGAAGCAGGAGCUGAUGUUCACGCCUGUGACGGUGACGGGAGAACGCCCGUGGACGUGGCUCAUAGUGCUGUGUUGCCAUUGUUACUCCCAGAUGAAUAUGAUGUACAGAAUGAGGAUAAUGAUCUAGAAACAGGCUCAGGAGAUAAUGACGAUGACGACGAGUUUGAAGGAGAUGACAAAACUAAAGGGGGAAUGGAAAGUGUGAAAAGUGCCUUCGGAGCUGAAAUAGCUAGAGCUUUUAGGAGUAAAGCGUGGAAGACCCGCGUCGCAGCGAUCAAUGAUGCCAGUAUGUGUUUCCAGAAUGUUUUCAAAGGGAAGAAACUCGUGAAAAUGUUUGAUGGCGCAUGUUUCAUGAUGGAAAUCGCUCUCCAAGAUGCUGUUUCACAAGUGGCUUCGAGCUGCUGUACGUCGCUGCUGAAGAUUGCAUUUAAUGCGGUGAUGAGUGACAAAGACUUCCAUACUAAAGGGUUUCAUGAGGAACGUCCAGUGCUUCAGCGUAUUGCGACUGCGUUGCUGCUAAGAGGAGCAGGUUCGAAUGAGAAAGACUCGAGCGAAGCCGUGUCAUCACUGCUUUUCUUGAUCUGUAAGAGCACAGAUAUCACGCGAUAUUUGACGCUACAGAUUUCACAAAUGAUGAUGUCGUCUACGACGCCACCGCUGUCUCCAAGUCAGAAUAGUACCGAGCCGUCUGUAUCCAACACGAACGUAUCGCGGCGUCAUCAGCUCGUGGCGAUUAAGGUCCUUACCGCGAUUACCAACCAGUAUCGGUUGGACGAGAAGACUAGCGGGUUAAGCUUCGCUGACGCUCUGAAAAUCAGUAUGGUGGGGUUAGAAAAUUCCAGUGUUCACGUACGAACAGCUUCGAUCGAUCUGUUGGUACAGUGCCUUGUAAUUCGAUGUGAAGAGUCUGGAAUGAAGGGGACAACUGAUGGGAUUUAUGAGCACACGAAGAAUUGGUGUGAAUCUCUGUUUAAACAACAGAACCAACAGUUAAAACCCUCUAUUCAAGCCAAGAUCAACACUGGACUGAAGAAUGCUCUUCAAAAGAGUAAACGGUUGUCUAACAGAGCUGAUGAGUCUUCAGACACGGAUGGUCGGAAUGGGAUUGACAACAGUAAUACUGCUGCUUUUGACAUCCGCACAGCGAUGCUCUCACCGCGUACUAAAGCCUCUCAACGAGAAGAUGAUCUACCGUACGCAGAGCCCAUCCAAGGACAGAAUAAAGACCUCGCAGGUGACAUGCUGGCAUGUUUUGGAGAAAAGGCGACGCGGUGUUUAUUCUCAAAUGCAUGGGCUCCUCGAGUCGAGGCUUUGAGCUACUUGCAGUACUUGGUGGAGACGCGUCAACUCUCGUUUGCCAGUCAAAAUGCAUCCCGUCGAACUCUCGUAAGUGCGAUGCAAACGACACUAAUGCAGGCGCUUCAGGAUCGCGUCAACUCGGUCUUUGAGGCUGGAGUUUCGCUGCUCAUGGAGGUUAGUAUCGCGUGCGAGGGUGCAGUGGCUUCUCCUACGGAUGUGAACGUUGUACACGACUUGAUACGUCCAUUGAUCCCUCGUCUACUGGUUAAACUCGGAGACUCCAAGAACCGACUACACGUUGCAACAGAAGAUGCCUUGCUGCUGUUAUCCCGACAGGCUUCUUGUAUCGGUCCGGUAUUUCUACUGGAAGAACUGAUAGCAUGCGACCGUAACUCGUCUCCACAAACACUAUCAGCCACGUACUUGACCAACAAAAUGGCUCUCGUGUCGAAGCUGAUGCUGGAAUUCGGUAUCAUCGAGAGCUCGGAUGACGAAGGGCUGUUGCCGAUUCGAAACAUGCUGCAACUUGCACUACAAGUCUGUGAGCACAAGGACCAGAAUGUGCGUCAGAUGUCGCUGCAGAUUGUGGCUGACACGAUGCAAGUGGCUCGUAGUGCCGCGAUGCCGUUUCUAGACGCUCUAGCUCGGUCUUCUCGCCAGAAACUCAUCUCUAAACUGGUGGAAAGAGGCGUGAUGGAGUCCGAUAUGCUCAUGGAUGAGGUGGAUGACUUCGAUAUCCCCACCGAAACGGCUCGACCUGGUACUUCAGGGACGAUUCGUCCGCCUACUGCCUCUGGAUCGUCCACGAAACAUCGACCAGUACUCACUAACCCUUCACUAUCUGCAACUAGUUCUUCACAAUCGAGCAGUGCAGCUCAGUCUCAAUCUGUUCAGCUUCCUUAUGGUACAGCAUUAACCACUGAGCAGAGGAAAAUGUUCUCUAACAUCAUUCAAGGCUUUGGAGAAGAACUGGUGCGUUGUCUACUGGACAAGGCGUGGGCUCAGCGUGAGGCUGCAAUUCGAGAAGUCGAACGCCAAGUUUUGUGUUGUGCCAGCGGUCGAGUGGUUAAUGACUCUGCUCUGCCAAAGACACUGGAGGCACUUGGGAUGCUGGCUCAGAUGCUCGAAAUCGGCUUGAACGACACGGUCGCUCGUGUUUUCCAGUGCGCCUUGCGCUUGUUUCAAGUCAUAGCUGCCGAGUUCUUGCCUUUGGUGUCUUCGGAGAAUCAAUAUGUGGAUGAAAUCUUGGAGAAUGUGGUGGGUCUGGUGCUACAGAAGCUGGGAGAUACCAAGCAACGACUACGACAAGACUGCUUUACGCUGUUGCACUCAAUGGCGUCUCUAACACACGUUGGCCACGCUCGGAUGUGUAAAAUGCUGGCUGAAAAGUACCAGCAGCUAACGUCUUCAUCAAGCGCUGUAGCAUCUUCUCCACUGGUUAUCGGAGAGCUGUUGAGGUUGUUCACGAUGCUAGUAAGAGAGGCGCCAGCGGGUGAGAACCACGAACAACCAGAGGUGUCACGUAUCUUGGGUAUCGUCAUAUCAGCAUUGGAAAACAAACACGUUGAUGUACGCAAUGCUGCUAUUACAACGUACGUGACCAUCUAUGAAGCCACAAAUGGCGGCACGAACGAUUCGUAUGGCGAAGUGGAUCUCAACAGCUUCUUAGCUGAGCUUAAGCCUUCGAUCCGAGAGACUAUCACACGUAGUGUGGUGCAGAUAACCAAGACGCUUCCAAGUUCCAUGAGUAGAGAGAACGACGAUAGUAGCCGAUCAGAGAUUGAGAGCGGGAGGAAGCUGCAGAGAGUGCUGGGUGCCGAUGCUCACAAGCUCCAGCAGAUUUGUACUGCAGAAAUCACUGAACUGCUUACGUCUCCGACUGAUAGUCGUGUUCAACGGUGUCUUGGGGUUGAUAAACUGGUGGAUUAUCUCGUAGAUUCCUCUCCAGAUAUGGCAUUCAAAGGCGCUUGGGAGACUUGCUGUCUUUUGGUCAAGCAGCUCACUCUGGACGCGGCACCUACUGUCUGCUUGGCUGCAUUUGACUUGCUUCAACUACUCGUUGACCCUCCGACUCAAAAUGCAAGCUAUGCAAUUCCAUGGGGAGAGUGGGGAGUGCAUCUCGUACUGGGUUCCACGAUCCGUAGUGUUGUACAGCAAAGCGCUAGUGAGAAUGUUCGGGUCCGCCUGAAAGUACGAGAUAUACUGCGUCUUGUGGCGGGUAAAAGUGCUGUAGGGAAGAAUGCUGUCUGUAACGCUAUCCUCAGUGCUCCAGAGCAAAGUGAUAUGAGUGGCAGUGCUGGAGAAUCGAUAGUAGCAAGGAAAAUCGCUUUCACUAAGCUACGCUGGCAACUGACUCUGCGACUGGAACUUCUUUAUGAAUUUCUAGUUGUUAUUGAUAGCAGUGGAGAAGGAGCACUUUCAAGCUGGCGCAAACCAACCGGUCGAGGCGCAAAAUCAUCGUCAGAGCCACUAGGCUUGGAGAACGUUGUGCCAUUCCUUGGAUCGUGUAUGACGCAUCCGAGUCCAAUGAUAAAGACUGCGUCGAUCAAAAUCGUGCGAUUCUUACGCUCUACAAGUGAAGAACAGUUCAGUUCUUUUAUCCAAGCUAGCUGUUCAGCAGCUUUGCAGCGAAGACUCCAAGCUCUCAUGGCUCAAGCGGCAAGAAACGACGACGAAGGCAACAAUGCAGAUCACUUCGACGCAGAUAGAACGACCUGCGUACGUGGAAGUCGUGCCUCACAUGUACGACGAGUUGCUGCGUUACGCCCUCCGCGGUCGGUUCCUGUUGAGGAGACGCAGAUGAUGGUAGAUGUAUUCCCGCCACCGAAUUCAGCUCCCGGAAUUAGUCGACGAAUCGCUGGAGCCGACGACGAUGACUCCAUGAACGAUGGAAGUCGCAAAUCGAAGCAGCAGCCAAUUUGGCUUGAAAAAUCCGGUUCCAAGGGAUUAAGCAGGAAAGCAGGUUCGAUGUCCUUCGACGACGGUGAGCCGGAGGGACCCGUCUUGGUUGGUGGUGGAGUAGCUGGACUUAUGAAAGCGAGGCGAAAGACCCCACUUCGUGGAAAUAAUGACGACGUGAAGGCCUAA